GAGACUUGGCCCCAUUUUGGAAUGUUCUGAGCCGAUGGAUUAAACAGCCAUGGCAAUCGGAGUUCUGGAACUAAGGCAUUCGGGAAGGGAUACAAAACCCGUCCCGAAUCCCGAUCCGUGGCACGGCCAACAACCCCCUGUGUAUCCGCCCCCGGGCUCCGUGGACAUCCCGGCUUACAACUCGGUGGUGCCGCCGGCCGCUGCUGCUGGCCAGCCCGCCGGCACGGGCGGGGGACGCCAGGCCAGCCGCGCUGACAUGAGCUCGUUCUUCGCUGAGGAAGAUAUUUACCGAAUGACCCCUCAUGUUAAGGUUGAAUAUGCGGAAGUAUUCAAAGAGGCUGACGGUGCCAAUAGCUUCGAUGCGCUUGCCGAGUUUUCUGGAUUGGUCUUUAAAUGGACACAGCUGGGCGUCUACCGUUUCUUCAGCCUGAUUCCGGGCGUUCCUCUGGCCUUUCUCUGGGCGAUCGUUUUCGCCCUCGUCAACUUUUUCACGGUGUUCCUCAUACAACCCAGUUUCAAGCUGACUUUCGUUGUGUUGAGGCCCAUAGCCAUGCUGUUCAAGGCGAUCGUGCGGUCCUUCCUGGAUCCGCUGUUUCAGUCCAUUGGCUUGGUCUUCUCUCACAUUAUGGGCAGGUUCGCGUUCAACUUCAAAGGGCUGCCUGGCCAGAAGCCGAGCCGCGCAGCCGCCAUCGAGGAACUGUAAAAUGUAGGUUACGGGGAGGGG